UGCUUCAGUGUUGUGCAUUUGUAGUGUGGAUGCUCUUGUGGUGGCACUUGCAAAAACACUUUAACGCUCAGGUUAGAGCAUAGGUGAAAAGUGGGAAGAUUGUGUGAAUAAUGCAUACCUUCUUUUUGUAUGGAUCUUGCCUUUUAUAUGGUGGAGCUUGAGGAAUCCAAGGUAAGAGAGUCUGAGGUUGGACGGAUUAUCAUGAUGGAUAUGAGGUAUUGUUGUAACACCCCAUUUUUCGUUAUUAGGUUAUUUACUAUUUUAUUUUAAUUAUUAUUAUGCUAUAUGGUAUGAAUUAUGUGAUUUAAUUAGAUGAUAAGGUGAUUAAGUGAUUUUAUUAGAUAAUUAAGUGAUUAUGUGAUAUAGAUAAAUAAGGGUUUUAGGUUUUAUAGUGAGUAGUUGGGAGUGGGACCCAUUGUAAGACUAUUUAAGGGUUAGGAGUGAAUUAGAAAGAGAGAAAUCAGAAUUUGAGAUUUGGAGGAAGCAGAGCAGAAGAAAAGAAGCGUGAAAGAGAGAAGGGGAGAAAAGAUAAGAAAACCUAGAAUUUGAUCUUCAAGAGGUAAGGGUUUGAAUUCAUGUUCUUUGGAUUGGUAUGAUAGUGAAUAAUGAUAGAAAACCUGAUUUAGGAACCCUAGGAUGCAGUUUUUUCUAAACUGCGGGUGGAUGGUUGAAUUUAGGGUUAUGAAUUGUGGGUGGAAGAGAGGGGGUAGCGCGCCGCGCAUGAGGCUGCAGAAAUUUACGAGCUCUUGAACCCUAUUUCGAGCUGUGUUAAUGACCGAAAUUGAAGAAGUAGUCUUCAUCAAAGUUGUAGCUCUUUCUGUUAUAAAACUUUUGCCUCUGGUUUCACGUCAUUCCGACGUCUGUUGUAACGCCACAAUUUCUCAACUAAGGAAUCACAUUGGAAACAUAUUAAAGUCUAAGGACUAAUUUGCAAUCCUAAAAUACAAGAGUGAUUUUUUCUUUAAAAACAAACUAAACAUAUCAACCAUAGAGUUUGAAACAUCAUGUAGCCUUAAUUAAACAUCCCUUUCCCAAUAUAUAAUAAUAGUGACUUACAAUAACAUAAGCAUGGUUCCAAAAUAAGUACGCACACUCAACUUGUGGCGAAAACAUGGUUUUAGUAAUAGAGUUUCAGAAGAUGAAGAAGACUCAAAGCAUAACCUACUAAGAGAAAACUAAACAACUUCUUUCACCUAUACUCCGCCGCUUACUAUCUCCCCUCCAUCUCGUACAUGGCUAAGCAUCGCCGGAGGGCUCUUCACCGCCUAAUAGCGUUAAGCGCCCAAACAACAAGUAGCAAACAGAAAGGGUUAACUCCAUACAAUUACCACGUAUAAAAGAGAAAACAUGUUAUUCAAGUUUAAUUACAUAACUUGAUAAUUAAACUAACGACUUAUAUCAAGUUAAAUGACAAUUCAUUGAACAACAUAACAUCAAAACCAAACAUCAAUAUCAUCGAACGUUAGUGUCCUAUAAUGCGACUAUAUGCUACUACCAAUAUGGAUCGAUCAGUAUCGUCUCUCAAGACGGGACAAUCACGCGGGACCACACCCACCUCAUUGCCACUUAGCGCCACUAUGGACGGGACAAUCGCGUGGGACCACACCCACCUCAUCGCCACUUUAGAACAUCUUGAAAGAUGGGACAAUCCCGUGGGACCACACUCACCUCAUUGCCACUUUAUAACGCCUCGAAAGACGGGACAAUCACGUGGGACCACACCCACCUCAUUGCCAAGUCAGUCAACGACAAUUUCCAAACCAAUAAUCAACUUAGAAUAACCACAUGUCAUUCAUAAUUUCAAUAAUCAAUGGCCGAAGCCCAAGAAAACGGAGACGUGUAUCUCUAUUGUUUAACAAUGACCUUAGCCUCAGAAAACAUUUGGCACAAGUCUCAGAAAACAUUUCAAAUAAGAAAGUAUACAACAUAGCAAGCAUACCAAUAUUUCAAUUAAUUGUCAAUCAAAUUAAACACCUUCAUCUCAAACGCAUGCAGUGCGAUAAAAGCAUGCAAGACUCAAAGACACUCUAUACUGAGUUACCCUUACCUUAGCCACUUUCUUUCCUAAGUUGCGACUUCGAUCCAAUCACAUCAUCGCUUCUCGUACCAGCUAGCUUUCCUUCCACUCUUUAGCUUCGACACGAACGCGUUAUCAUACUUCGUAUCCUUAGAAAAUUACUCGCUUUAAAAAAAUGCUAAGCUCUAAGAUUCCAGCUUCCGCUCCAAAGCUUAAGAAUUUUUUUACUAAACACUACUCACUCAAAUAGCUAAUGCUAUUGUCAAUUUUGUGUGAGAAUCAAUUGCUUCUAAGUUUCUUUUUUGGCUAAAUAGCACUUUUGGUCCCCCACGUUUCAAAAAUGUGCAAUCUUAAUCCCCCACGUUUAAAAAUAGCAUAAUGGUACCUCAACGUUUAGCUCCGUUAGCAGUUUUGGUCCCUCAGCUAAUUUGCCGUUAGAAACUUAACGUUUUUGUUUGACAUGACAUUUUUUUUCUUCUGAUGUGGCAUUAAGACAUAACAUGUGAGGAUCACGUGAGGCUUAUCCUAACCUAAUCCAUUCCCAAUUGCAACUUGGUUCCAAAUCGCGACGGUGACGACCAAAUCGAGAGGAACGAAGGCCGGCGGUCGUGAGGGAACUGCGAUUGCGAGUGUGAGAAGACGGUUUCUGGGUAAGAAGGUCAUCGGUGGUGAGAAGGUGGUCCGAAGGCAAAAUCGAGAGGAAGGAAAUGGCGACUGACAAAAAAAGUGUGUCGAAGAAGACCCCUCGAAGGCAAAAAAAGAAAACUCCGACAAAAGAGACGGUGGUCCCAGAGACGGUGGUCCCAGAGAAGAUGGUCCCAGAGAAAACUCCGUUUUCAAAAUUGGACUUUUGGCUCAAUGGAGAUUUGCCCGCAAACUAUGUUUCCAGGCCUACUGCUCCCCAUAAGAUAACCAUGAGUGUGUAUCAUGGGGGUGAAUUGACAUUUGACCCAACUAUGCCCUAUCCAAGUGGGCUUUGCGAAGUCUGGCAUCCGUAUGAUGUGGAUCUCAUUUCAUCCAUUGAAUUGGGUAAGAUUGUAAAAUACUUGGGAUAUGCCAGGUUCAAAUGUUUGUGGUAUAGGCAUGUUCAAAGUGAUGGCUCUGUCAGCUUUAGUCCACUUUCCAAUGAUGAAGAGGUUAGACAAUUCAUUGAAGAUGUUAAAGAUAUAGCUGAAGUUGAUCUAUAUGUUGAACACAUAGUGGAAGAGGCAGAUAUUGUUCCUCUAAUUGCUUACAAGAGUGCUGAAGAUACUCCUGGUGUUGCAAGUUGAUUCUGAUAGUGAUGAUGAGGUAUUACAAGUUAAUUCUGAUAGAGAUGAUGAGGUAUUGCAAGACAAAGAAACUGAGGCUGUUCAAGUGAACGAAGCUGAGUCUCAGGCAGUACAAGACAAGCUUCCUGAGGUUGUUCAAGACUUUGAUGCUGAGGUAAGUCAAGAGAAGGAGACUGAGAUAGUAAAGGACCCUGAGACAGUCAAGAAGGCUGAGUUAGUGCAAGACAAGGAGGUUGAGGUUCUUCAAUCUGAAAGGGGAAUAUGUGCUGAGGUAGUGCAAGACAAAGAGGCUGAGAUUGUUCAAGACAAGGAGGCUGAGGUUGAUGUUGUGGAAAAAGACAAGGGGGUAGAUAAGGGAAAAAGAAAGUCCAGUCAGGUUGUUCUCAGUGAUGAAGAUGAUAAUUCUGAUGCUGAAUUUGAUCCAGAUGAUGAAGACACACCCUCUGAUUUUUCAAUGGAUGACAGUGACUAUGAAGAAGAUUGGGAUUGGCUCUGCGUGCUUCCUAAAGAGUCUCUGUUGAAUAUACCUGAGGCCACUCCAAAUCCAACUUUUGCAGAAGGUUCUACUGAGCCAUAUACACAAGCUGUGAAUGAGUCAAGUAACCAGGAGCCCAGUACAUAUGAGGACUUUCAAGAUGAGGAUGGUGAUUCUGAGGACUUAGAAAGUCCAUCAGAAAGUGAUGAUGAAGGAAAAGGUUCAAGGAAAUAUCCUGAGUUCAAGCCUACUGCAGAUGAGGAGUUUGUCCACCUUGAGUUAAGUAUGACUUUCAACAACAAAGAUCAGUUUACAGAUACUGUCAAGGAUUUUGCAAUUCAAACGAAGAAGAAUAUGAAAAUAACAAAAAAUGAUAAAAAGAGGGUGGUGGUUAAAUGUGUUGAUGAGUGUCCAUUCUACAUGAGAGCAAGCAAGACUCCCUCAAGGCCUAUAUGGCAAAUUGUAAGCUUCUAUAACAACCAUAAUUGUUGCAGGCUAGCCACUAACAGGCAGGCAACGACAUUUUGGCUUGCUAAGAAAUUUAUGCAAAUUCUGAGACACACACCAGAUCUGAAAGUGAGGGGCUUGAUAGAGGAGGCAAGGUUCAGGUGGGGCAUUGUGAUAGGGAGGUUCAAGGCUUACAGGGAAAAGGUGAAAAGUCUGGAGAUGUUGCAUGGUGCAAGUAUGGAGCAAUACAGUCAUCUGAGGCAGUAUGCUGCUGGAUUGCUGAGAAGCAAUCCUGGGUCCACAGUCAUUAUAAAAUCAGCAGUGGGAGUACAUGGGCCAGUCUUUGAGAGGAUCUAUGUCUGCUUUGAAGCUACUAAGACUGCAUUUGCCAAGCAUUGUAGACCCUUAAUUGGGUUGGAUGGCUGCUUCCUUAAGGGACUGUAUGGUGGUCAACUUCUCACAACUGUAGGCAAAGAUGGAAACAACCAAAUGUUUCCAAUAGCAUUUGCAGUAGUGGAAGCUGAAACUAAGGAUUCUUGGACUUGGUUCUUGAACAUUCUUCUACAUGAUCUGAAUAUUGUUAAACCUCAAAAUUGGGCAUUCAUCUCUGACCAGCAAAAAGGAUUGGUGCCUGCUAUUGCUGAACUGGGUCCAGAUACUGAACACAGAUUGUGUGUCAGACACUUAUACAGUAAUUUCAGGAAGAGGUUCCCAGGAGAAGAGUUGAAGAAUGCUUUAUGGGCUGCUGCAAGGGCUAGCACAGAACCACAAUGA